AUGCAGAUGAGCUCGCCAUAUCCGCUCCGCAGCCCUCUUGAUCCUGAUCUCUCAUAUCUGUCGAAAGAUUACGACAUGACAUCCCCCCUCUUCGCUGAUGGUUCUAACUUUCCUUGCAAGCAAUAUCAACACGACGAUGCCUCAUACGUGGUCAAAGCAACUUAUGCCGCAGGAGCUACCUAUUCGAUGUCCAUUUCUGGAACGGCCAGUCACCACGGAGGAUCUUGUCAGCUAUCUCUCUCAUACGACAACGGGUUAACCUUCAAAGUCAUCAAAUCCAUGAUCGGUGGCUGCCCUCUCCAAUCCAGCUACGCCUUCACCAUUCCGAGCAAUGCACCAGCUUCGAGCACAGUUCUCUUCUCUUGGUCCUGGUUCAACGUCGUGGGCAAUAGAGAGAUGUAUCAAAAUUGUGCGAGAGUGAAGAUUGUCGCUGGACCGAACCAGCGAAUGAUUCGUCGUUCAAACGAUCGCUCCAAACGACAGUCUACACCCCUGCAGGAUUUGCCUGAUAUGUUUGUCGCCAACGUCGGACGAGGCUGUGUGACCAAGGAGAACUAUGCAUACGUCUUUCCCAAUCCUGGUUCAGAUGUUGUCUAUGGUCAGGAUACGGUCCCUCUGGAAUCUGGCCAAGGUCUUGUGUGCGACGGCUCUACGGUGACUACGGCGGCUACUACAACUGGAUUUUCUGGCCCAACGACGACAAGCAUUCCGACAUUCACACCACCUUUCCCUUUCAGCAACUCAUCGACAACAGCUGGACCUACGAACUCAACUACGACAACUGGAUCCUCGGAAACAAAUGGCACAAUACUAACACUAACCGGUAGCAUCACUGACCUUUUCACUACUACGACUCCCAUGUUCAUCACGACGACCUCAGCAUCAUUCCCAACCCUCCCAGCAACCACCACCCCUCUCACCAUUGCUACCUCCACCCUCACCACAACCUCAGCAUCCCUCCCAACAACCCCAACGACAUUCACAACCAUAAUCUCCUCGCUGACCACCACACCCACCACCUCACCGACAUCAACAGCCCUCCCCCUGCCCUGCACUCCUGGCACGUUCGCCUGCAACAGCCCCAGCACAUUCAGUCAAUGCGUAUCUACAUCCGCUUCCUCGACGAUAUUCGUCUACAUGGGCUCCGUGGCGGCUGGCAUGCAGUGCGUGAACGGACAAUUCACGCGCCAGAACGACGGGCCGUGCACGCCAUCUGGAAACAUCUUCUGCAACGGUCUCUCUGCUUUCUACAUGUGUGACCAGGGCGGUCUCAUUCCUAUGGGCUCUGUUGCUGCCGGCACGGAGUGUCUCAAUGGAGAGAUUGUUCCGGCCGGCACAAGUACUGGUGGUGUCCUAUUUGCUUAG